CACGGAGUCAAUUCGUCUUGAGAUGCUCUGUCAGCAGAGUGUGAUCACGUGGUCAGUGGUUAAUGUGUCUUGCUCUUGUGUGUGUGUGUGUGUAUGAGAAAGAGAGAGAGCAAAUCUCCUCCCCGGUUCGCGUCACCGCUGUCUCGAUUACGAGCGGCAGGUAAAGAGACAGCGCGAGUGGAAAAAUAUGUUUGAUGAAAAGCGGCCGCCUCCUGCGCGCGGCUCUCGCGCCCACUGUCCUCCGCGCGAUCCUUAGAUGACCCGCUCGUAAGGAGCUCUCGCUCUCUUCCCGGCCAUGGCAUGCGCCCCUUCUCGCCUCAUCUGCACACGCGCCGCUCUCAGGCUCGAGACAAGUGAACAAGAUGGGCAUCCGCGCGAGAAACCCGGAGCCCCGAGAGGCUCUGGCGGGAACGGACAGGGACGGUACGCUACUACUGUCAGGCAGAGAGGACGAGAAGCGGAGCGUGCAGGGCGCGGGGCUACUGGCCAAGACGCCGUUGGGCUACACGCGCCCGGUCAAACGGGGGAACAUCCGAACCCGGAGGAUACAGAAUCAUAUCUACGAUGCGCUUGAAAGACCACGAGGUUGGGCACUUCUGUACCACGCAUUUGUGUUCCUCAUCGUUCUGGAUUGCCUCAUCUUGGCAGUGUUAACCACGUUUAAAGAGUACGAGAAAGUGUCUGCAUACUGGCUGGUCAUCCUGGAGACCUUCACCAUCGUGCUGUUCGGUACGGAGUUUGCUCUGCGGGUUUGGGCAGCAGGAUGCUGCUGCCGCUAUCAGGGCUGGAGAGGCCGACUACGCUUCAUCAGGAAACCACUCUGUGUGCUGGACAUCUUUGUUCUGAUUGCCUCGGUGCCAGUGGUUGCCGUGCGUAACCAAGGCAACGUGUUGGCGACGUCGCUGCGUAGUCUGCGUUUCCUGCAGAUCCUACGAAUGCUGCGCAUGGACCGACGUGGAGGAACCUGGAAACUCCUGGGGUCAGCCAUCUACGCCCACAGCAAGGAGCUGAUCACUGCCUGGUAUAUCGGCUUCCUGUCUCUCAUCCUGUCAUCCUUCCUGGUGUACCUGGUAGAGAAGGACGACGUUGCCAUGGAGAUGAGAGACCCGCUGGGCCCCACCCCCUCCACAGAGCCACAGGACUUUGACACCUAUGCAGACGCCCUCUGGUGGGGACUGAUCACCUUGACAACCAUCGGCUACGGCGAUAAGACACCCAAGACGUGGGCGGGGCGACUGCUGGCCGGAACCUUCUGCCUCAUAGGAGUGUCCUUCUUCGCCCUGCCCGCAGGUAUUCUCGGGUCUGGUUUAGCUCUGAAGGUCCAGGAGCAGCAUAGACAAAAGCACUUCGAGAAACGAAGAAAUCCUGCAGCAGGACUGAUACAGUCGGCAUGGCGAUACUACGCCACAAAUCCUCUCAGAGAUGACCUCAUCGCCACCUGGAGAUUCUACGAGACCAUCAUAUCACUGCCCUGUUUCAGCAAGAGAGCUCGUGUUCCUGCACGACUUGGGUCUGUUAGAGAACGCCUGAUGUCCUCCAGCACCGCAAUGCAUUCUGGGAGCUCCGAAGCAAACAAACCAGCCGGCUUCAGCAACCGAGAUCGCUUCCGCACAGCAUUUCGCAUGAAGGCAUAUACACUUCGUCAGAGCUCAGAAGACGCUGGUGGUCUGGUUGACUCCGCCCCUGAGGAGAAAGGCUUCCCUCCAGACAUCCUGAGAGAAGACAUGAUCCCCAUCCUGAAACUAGUCAUCAGAGCAGUCAGGAUCAUGCGGUUCCUGCUGAAUAAGAAGCAUUUUAAGGAGUCUUUGCGGCCGUACGAUGUGAAGGACGUCAUAGAGCAGUACUCCGCUGGACACCUGGACAUGCUGACCAGGAUUAAAUACCUCCAGUCACGCCUGGAUAUGAUCUUAGCUCCUGGUGCUCUACUCACCCCCAAGCACAAGAAACCUCAGAAGCCUUUUACAUAUGCCCUACAACAGUCACCAAGACAUGAUCCGUUUCCAGCUGCUAUUUUACCAGACUCAGACGAUCCCAGCAUGAUGGGAAGAUUCCAGCGAGUGGAAAGACAGGUGGAGGACAUGGACAAGAAACUGGACUUCCUGGUGGACAUGCACAUGCAGCACCAGGAGACGCUGCAGGUUACCACGGGCAAUGACCCCUCUGUGACCCUCACCGUCACUGACGGCGACCCUCUCCUCUGCUGCUAUGGCCAACCACUUCCUUAUUACCCAGUGCAGCACACACACAGCACACUCACACACACACUCACACACACUCCGCUGCCACGCCCCAAUGUCCUGCCCAUCAGUAGCCUGCCAGGCCACACCCACACACAGACUGACCUAUCAGAUACUGCAUUGGGUAGGCAGGGGGCGGGGUCACAGUUGUCUCUGCUGUCAGUCACACAGCUGGGGGAGGAGCUAGAACGAUCACCCAGUGGGUUCAGCUUGUCAUCGGAGAGGGAGGAGUCUCAGGGGUCGCGGAGAGGUCAAUCACACUGCUGCCUCGCUGAGGGGGAGACCGACACCGACAGUGACCUACACACACCCAGCACAGCGCCAUAGCACACACACACCCAGCACAGCGCCAUAGCACACCCACACCCAGCACAGCGCCAUAGCACACAGCCAUAGCACA